AAAGCAACCAAACAAACCGACCCCGAAAAUGUCCGCCGAAGAACAAAAGACCCAACCUCCUCCCGCCGCUGCCGGUGCCGCCGAUGCUGCUCCCAAGGAGCCCAAGGAACCUAAAGAGGUCAUCCUCGGAGAAGACGGCAAGCCGUUGAGCAAGGGAGAGUUGAAGAAGCGAGCCAAGGAGGCAGAAAAGGCCGCCAAGGCUGCUGAACGAGCUGCAAAGGAGGCCGAAGCUAAGGCCAAGAAGGAAGCCGAGGAAGCUAACGACCUCGCUGCUGACAACUAUGGAAAGCUGCCUCUGCACCAAUCCCAAACCCGAACCAACACCCCCCGUCUAAACUUCACCACCCUCAUCCCCAACUCCCCCUCUGCCAACACCUCUACCUCCACCGAGAUCCCCUCUGAAACCCAAAAAGUAACCCUCCGAGCUCGUCUUCACAACGUCCGUGCUCAGGGAGCCAAGAUGGUCUUCCUGCAACUGCGACAACAGACGCAUACCCUGCAGGGAGUUGUUGGUUUGAGCAAGGAUGGGGAGGAGGAGGUUGUUAGUAAGCAGAUGAUCAAGUGGGUCAAUGGGGUUUCCCUCGAAUCUAUCGUCCUCGUCGAGGGGUACAUCAAGCCCGCCGAGGUCAAAUCGUGUACCAUCCAGACGUACGAGAUCCAGAUCAAGAAGAUCUUCACCGUCGUCGAGGCUCCCCAGAGGCUGCCUUUCGGUGUUGAGGAGGCUUCUAGGCCCGAGGCUGAUUACGAGAAGGAGGAUGCUCAAUUCGCCAGGGUCGGUUUGGACACUAGGUUGGACAACCGAGUCAUGGACUUGAGGACACCCACCAACCAAGCCAUCUUCCGUCUCCAAUCCGCCGUAACCAACCUCUUCCGAACGCACCUCAACUCGCUCGGCUUUAUCGAGAUCCACUCUCCCAAGCUCCAGGGAGCGGCCACGGAGUCCGGUGCCAGCGUGUUCGAGGUCAACUAUUUCAAGGGCAAGGCGUUCUUGGCGCAGAGCCCGCAGUUGGCCAAGCAGAUGUGUAUCGCCGGGGACAUGGAGAGGGUUUACGAGAUUGCGCCUGUCUUCCGAGCCGAGGACUCGAACACUCACCGACACUUGUGCGAGUUCACCGGACUCGAUCUGGAGAUGGCCAUCGAGGAGCACUACCACGAAGUCCUCGACGUUCUCGACUCGCUCUUCCUCGCCAUCUUCAAGGGACUCAAGGAGACCUACUCGCACGAGAUCGAGGCUGUCAGGAAGCAGUUCCCAUGUGACGAGUUUACGUUCUUGGACGAGACCUUGAAGUUGAGGUUUGCUGAGGGUAUUCAGAUGUUGAGGGAGGCGGGAGCCAAGAAUUUGGAUGGAUCGCAGUUGAGCGACAGCGACGACCUCAGCACCGAGAACGAAAAGUGGCUCGGACGAUUGGUGAAGGAGAAGUACGGAACCGACUACUACAUCCUCGACAAGUUCCCCUUGGCCAUCCGACCGUUCUACACCAUGCCCGACGCCGAGGACCCGAAGCUGUCCAACUCGUACGACUUCUUCAUGCGAGGAGAAGAGAUCCUUUCGGGCGCCCAGCGAGUACACGACCCGGAGUACUUGAUCCAGAGGAUGAAGGAGGUCGGGAUCGCACCGGAGAGCAUGCAGGGAUACAUCGAUGCGUUCAGGCUGGGAGCACCGCCCCACGCCGGUGGUGGUAUCGGUCUCGAGCGAGUCGUUAUGCUCUUCUUGAAGUUGGGUAACAUCAGGCGAGCUUCGUUGUUCCCCCGUGACCCCAAGCGAUUGAACCCUUAGACGGGAAGGUCCUCGCACGACGUCCAACGACGCAAAAAGAAAUAGAAAGGGGAUCAGAGGGAAUGCAUGCGCGAAGAGAGAGGAGG